GUUUUAGAUUAUUGUGGUUUUUAUUAAUAUUGUAAUAUUUACUGAUUUAAUUAACUGCUAUGCCUCCAGUAAGGAAGAAUAAACCCGAUAGUUCCAACAGAACUGAAAAGCAGCCCCUAGAGUCCAGUGGCGUUGUUUCAGGGCAAUUAGAUAAAAAGUUAAAGAAACAGCAACAAAAAAUUAUUGAUAAACGAGGCAUCGUAUUUAUUAAACACUUACCACAUGGAUUCUUCGAAGAGCAAUUGAAGAACUAUUUUGAGCAAUUUGGUAAAGUGACACGUUUGCGACUCGGCCGUUCGCGACGAACUGGUGGCAGCAAAGGUUAUGCCUUUGUGGAAUUUGAAUAUCCCGAAGUGGCAGAGGUGGCGGCUGAGACAAUGGAUAAUUACUUGAUGUUUAAAAAAGUUGUUAAAGCUGCAUAUAUUCCACCAGAGAAACAACUUUAUAAUUAUUUCAAGACUUCAUUACGUAAAGUGAAAAAUAAGGCAGGAAAAGAUAUUUAUGUAUCUCACAAGACGGCAGCAAUACAACGCAAGGUUAAGCAAAUGAAUAAUUGGUCAAACAAAAAUUACCAAAAACGUGCCUUAAAAAAAUUAGAGAAAGUUGAAAAACUAAAUCAGAAAUAUGCCCACUUAGGUAUUGACUUUUCGAAAGUGCUCAUUGAACCCGAUAAGAUAGAACAACCAAGUAAUGAGAAAACCAACUCUCAGGAAGUGAGCGUGGGAAAUGCGAACAAAGUAACAAGUGAAACUAAAUUGAAAAAAGUUAGUGCGGAUAAAAGCAAAAAUUCAAAGGCACUUAAUAAGAGCAUACAACUCCAGGACCUAUUAGGUAAUACAUUAAAUGAUGAUUCCGCAGAUGAAGACUAUGUGCAGUCACAAAGUGAUGAAGAUGACAGCAUAGUUGAUGGUGAAGAGUCUGAUUCAAGCACCGAUGAAGAGACAUAUGGGUUUGCUAAAGAUUCUGAUAGUGAAGAAAGUAAUAAAGCAGCUCAUGUAGGAAAAAAAAGUAAGCAAAGGAGUAUCCCCUUUGGAAAGUCUGUCAAAGCGUCGAAAGUGGAUCAUUUCGAAAAACUAAUCAAGCGAAAACCACAGAGUGGUGCAAUACAAAAAGCUAAAAAAGUAGUUAAACCUCCAGUCAUAAAGAAAGCUCCAAAGAGUAUCGUACAAUUGACGGCUGCGAAGGAAAUGAUAAAAGCAGCAUCAACAAAGAAAGAAAAAUCGGCGGUGUUAAAAACUAAAUCGACCAAGUUACAAAAGAAAAUUAGAAAUUAGAUUGUUUUUAUCGUAAAUAUUAUUAUUUUUUAAAUUUUCAUAAAUAUAAUAAAAUAAUACAUAUACAUAUAAAUAAUAAUUAAAAUUUA